GUAUUGGCGGUCUCGAGGAGUGUGUGUUGAAGUCUGCGACCCUCUCCACCUCCCCUGCCCUCCCCCCUUUCAUCCCCCUCAACUUCGAAGCUACGCCCAUCGUACGAGUGGCCAUCGAACCCAAACACCCAAGUGAGAUGCCUAAGCUGGUACGGGGUAUGAGGCUGUUGAACCAGGCUGACCCGUGUGCUGAGGUUCUGAUCCAGGAGACAGGAGAACACGUACUGGUCACGGCCGGAGAGGUCCACCUGCAACGCUGUCUGGACGACCUCCGAGAGAGGUUUGCCAAGAUUGAGAUCAGUGCCUCCAAGCCUAUCAUCCCAUUCAGAGAGACCGUGAUCAGACCACCCAAAGUGGACAUGGUCAAUGAAGACCUGGGGAAACAACAGAAGGUGGCGGUGAUCCACCAGGUGAAAGAGUCAGACACCCUGCACCUGGACCCCAGCGGCCUGGUGACCCUCACCACCCCCAACAGACAGGCCACCGUGGGGGUACGGGCCAUACCACUACCCGAAGAGGUGACUCUUCUACUGGAGGGUAGUGCUGACUUGAUCCGGACCCUGGAGCAGGCAGGUCAGGCCCAGAGAGAGGGGAGGACCCUGGACAUGAGUACCUGGACCCUAGAUGCCCUGAUGGUGCUAAAGAGCAGGCUGGAGGUCCUGCUGCAGGGGAGGAAGUGGAGGAACGCUGUGGACCGGAUAUGGGCCUUUGGACCACGCAGGUAUGGACCAAACAUCCUCCUUAACAGUGUAGAGGGGUACCAGAGACCAUCCGUGUGGCACUGCCUCGAACGAGAGAAAGGAGAGAAAGAGGGAGGGGCAAAAGCUGAGGCCAGCGCCAUCCGAGACUUUGACAACAGCGUUGUCAGCGGUUUCCAGCUCGCCACCCUCUCUGGUCCAAUGUGCGAGGAGCCCCUCAUGGGCGUCUGCUUCUCUGUGGAGAGAUGGGACAUGAACUUCCCCACCCAGCGCACCCACCUGGACUCUGUGACUGAAGAAGACUCCAACUCCCUUGAUGCAUCUGUUUCCGAAAGCCCCGGUGAGGCUGCAGGUCACCCGGAGGCCUCAGGCAAGGCAGGGGGAGCGGGUGAGACGCCUUCCCAUCCAGAGGGUGCCGUGGCUGGGGCGAUCCAGGGGAGACGCAGGGCGGAGGUUGUGGCCGGGCUAGUGGACUGCUAUGGGCCGUUCUCUGGCCAGCUCAUAGCUGCUGUGAAGGAGGCUUGUCGGCACGCGUUCCAGGCCAAACCUCAGAGACUCAUGGCUGCUAUGUACACCUGUGAAAUCAUGGCUACAGCAGAGGUGUUAGGUCGUGUGUACGGGGUCCUGGGGAAGAGGGAGGGCCGAGUGUUACAGGAGGAGAUGAAGGAGGGGACAGAGAUGUUCAUCAUCAAGGCCGUCCUUCCUGUGGCCGAGAGCUUCGGAUUCGCUGAUGAGAUACGCAAGAGAACCAGUGGAUUGGCUAGUCCACAACUGGUCUUCAGCCACUGGGAGGUGAGGCGCGCUCACACAUACACCCUGUCGUGUGCAUCCUUGUGCAGACACACACACAGCAGGCAUAUAACUCACACACACGUGCACACACACACACACACACACACACACAGGCAAAAACACAUGCAAGGCUCACUCCGUGGGGGGGUUGUGAGCUGCAACUCAUCAGUCUGAAAACAGGUGCUUGUA